AUGAAAACGGAACUUAAGCCUUCAGAAAUGGGGACUCCUUUGUCUUCCACAUUGUCCAGCCUCAGCGACAGCGACAGCGAUAGCGACACCGAAGUCCAGAAGAGCAAUGGCCCCAGCAGAGACGCCGAUACUCCGGUCACCGAUGGAGAUAAAGUAGAAUGGCUCGCCACGACUCGAAAGCGUCGCUCGACUGCUGGCAACCGAAUGAAGUCAAUGCUCGCCAACGAGGAGCCUGAUUCAGACCUUGAACUACUCUUUGCCGAAGACGAGAACGACCAAGGCUUCUCUGACGCCGGGGAGAAUGGAUCGGACGUACAGAUGGACUCUUCCGAUGAUGAAGACGAUAAUGGCAACAAUGAUGACGAUCUUGAGGGAGAGAAAGAGCUUGAAAAGCAAGCAAAGGAACGCCGUGCCGCCCAGCGCAAACGAAAAGCUCAAGAAGCCAUUCCCGCCAAGUUUCGUAAGAAAGUCCGUAUCGAUCCCACGACCAGAACACCAUCGGCACCCGUGAAGCCAGCGCCCCGGCCCAAAAAGAAAUCCGAGCGCACUUCGUGGCUGCCCUCGGCCGCCGAUCUACCAACCCGAGCCUCGUCCCGUCAAACGACCCGACUAUCGAAGGAGCAACUUCACCAGCAGAUGGUAGAGCGAGAGGCGCGCCGGAUAAAGCAGCUAGCUCAGAUGCAGAAGAAGGCUGCCAAGCUUGAAGCAAUGAAGAAACCACCGAUGACGCAGGAAGAGAGGCUCCGAGAAGCGGCCAUCGUUGAAAAGCGAAAUAGCAAGAGUCUUAAUCGCUGGGAAGAGGCCGAGAAGCAACGCGAAGAGGAACGUCGAGCGAAAUUGGCAGCUCUCCACAACAGAACUCUCAAGGGGCCGGUUAUCACUUUCUGGAGUGGUAUUGGAGAGUGGAUGGGAAGGCAUAUGGUUAUAGAGGAGCCUGCGAAAGAGAAGAGAAAGAGGGGCGAGAAGGCAAAGGGCAAGGACAAAGAUAAAGGCAAGGAAAAUAUACCUGCAGCAGGGAUUCAGAAAGUGGAAGGUCAAAAAGACGAAGGACAAGAUGUCACAGCUGUUCUAGAUGGCGCCGCUUCAAGCACGACAGAGAAACCACAACCACCCACAUCAGCUUCACCAGGACCAGCCGGGACGUCAGAAGCAAAGGAAGCAAAAACAGUUACUCCGAUCGAAUAUGACAGCUGUGCCCCAGACCCCAAAGAUUCAUCUUCAGUGGCAAAGGAUAGCAAUCCUUCUCUUUCUCUCAAAACUGAGGAGGUCAACCCUUCAUUGGCAAUGCCCCCUCCGCCUCAACCACCACCUACACCUCCGAAUGGUCUGGCCGCUCCCACUCCGCCGCCCUCGGCCAUCAUACCAGCACCAAGUCCUCCUCAUUCUCUUGGCCAUCCUGUAAGUGGCCUCGCCGCACCGUCUCCGCCUCCCCCAACGCCUGCUGGCUCAACAGCAACAAACUCAUUUGCCACUCCACCAUCAGGGCUCUCUCGCCCGCCAGAUUCAAAACCCUCUAGUGUACUUGCGGCUCCCAUACUCGCUCCUCCUCCAGGUAUCGGUGGUGAUGGAGCUGCGCCUCCAAUGAUGGGUUUCGGCAACCCCAAAUCAAAUGUUCUUGCACCACCAAAUACAUCUCAAGGAGCCAUGCCACCUACAAGUUUGUCUACUACCACCCCUGCUCACAAUGCUCCGUCUGCUAUCUCAGAAUCCCUGGCAAACCCUCCAACAGCUAUUACUCCAACGUCGUCUACAACGAAUCUCCAGCCAUCUCCUAACCCUUCCACUAUUCAAAAUCAGUCCUCUGGUCCCGAAAACUCCGCUGUUGCCCAAGCCCCUGAGUCACAGCCUCAACUUCAACCUUCAACCGGAGCCCGAAAUGCGAUAGUGUUCCAAAACUUUGACGAAAACGCCCUGAAGGACCGUACCAUCCAGACUCAGAUCAUCUUUGGCCGCAAGAUGAAUAAGCUUUCGAAACCUUCACCUGCGCCUCUUUGCGUCAUCACAAACCAUCCCGCCCGGUAUCGCGAUCCGCGUACUGGUCUUCCUUACUAUAACGGCUACGCAUACCGCGAGAUCCAACGUCUUACCCGCGGCGAGUACCGGUGGAGUCACAUCCUGGGUGCUUGGGUUGGCAGUGGGACAUAUGCUGCGAGAGGUGUACCUGAGCGCUUCUUGAACCCAGAAAAGAGCGGGCCUGAGAAGAAAUCCGUCUCGCACGAGGGCACCAAAGACAAAGACACUGUUGAUUCCUCGAAGCAAACCCCUGAGAUCCAGACGCCCGAGGUAACAUCGGGCAUCCAAGCUCCUGGUACGAAGAUGAAUGGGGCUGAACCAGGGUCCUCCACGUCAUCAAAGCCCGAGCCUAGCAAGGCUGCACAACCCAGUACGGCGUCACCGGCAGUUGGUGAUGCCACUAAUCCAGCGCCCGCAACGAUCCCUACUACAGAAUCUCAUACCCCAGCCCCUGCAGAGUCUGUAUUGCCAGCUACUACAAACAAUUCAUCGAUACCGACUCCGACUUAA